CGAUAUUUGACAUAAAAAAUAAAUGGCUACCUCGAAUGUUUUAGGUCAAUUAAGUGAGAGAAUGUAAUCAAAGUACUGCCUUAAAAUCAAUUAAUGUUCGUUUUAUCGUGUAACUUGGUCAUUCGUAAUCGUGAUAUGAAAUAAAUCUACUAAAAAUGUUUAGAUUCUUAAGUGGAAGGAAGCCCAGGAACGCAAGGGCUACAAAUAGUACAAAUGCAAAAUCGAAUAAAAGUGUGAUAAACAAGAAUUUAUUGCAAUGCAGAGUCAUAUUAUUAGAUGGAACGGAUUUAUCUGUGGAAUUAUCGAAAAAGGCUAAAGCGAGAGAUUUAUACGAACAAGUAUUCUAUUCAUUGGAUCUAAUAGAAAAGGACUAUUUCGGAUUGCAAUUCACGGACGCUAAUCACGUAAAACAUUGGCUGGAUCCCACGAAAACAAUAAAGAAACAAAUAAAAAUUGGUCCACCUUACACGAUUCGCCUAAAAGUAAAAUUUUAUUCCUCCGAACCAAACAAUCUCAGGGAGGAAUUGACACGGUACCAAUUUUUCCUGCAACUGAAACAGGACCUGCUCGAAGGUAAAUUAGAGUGUCCUUAUGAUGUAGCCGUAAAAUUAUCCGCUUUGGCGUUACAAUCUGAGCUUGGCGAUUAUGACGAAACCCAGCACACUCCUGCCACCGUUUCCGAAUUUAGAUUCGUACCGAAUCAAACGGAAGAUAUGGAAAUUGAUAUACUAGAAGAAUUUAAAAAAUGCAAAGGUCUGACACCUGCUAAUGCCGAGCAAAGUUACCUAAAUGAAGUCAAGUGGCUAGAAAUGUAUGGAGUGGAUAUGCACACAGUAUUGGGUAAAGACAGUAUGGAGUAUAGAUUAGGUUUGACUCCAACGGGCAUACUAGUGUUUGAAGAGCCCAACCAGAAAAUCGGGUUAUUUUUUUGGCCGAAAAUAAGUAAAUUGAACUUUAAAAAGAAGAAACUAACUUUAGUUGUAGUAGAAGACGAUGAUCAAGGGAGAGAACAAGAGCACACUUUCGUUUUUAGGUUGCAUAACGAGAAAGCUUGUAAACAUUUGUGGAAAUGCGCCGUCGAGCAUCACGGAUUUUUCAGGCUUCGCGCGCCCGUCAAAGGACCAUCGGCUAGGCAAAACUUUUUCCGGAUGGGCUCCAGGUUUCGUUACUCCGGACGGACGGAAUAUCAAAGUACAUAUCAAAACAGAGCGAGGAGGACUGUCCAACUAGAAAGAAAACCAAGUCAAAGAUACGGGAGGCGCCAGAGUCACGUACUCCGCGAAAGGGAACGCGAAAAGGAAAAGGAACAAGUCUCAUCGAACAGCAGCGAAAAAUCAACUGCAACUCCUACAGAGCCUCUCUAUUACACUGUGAAAGACGAUGUUACUAAAAGCCUUACACCUACUCCUUCGACUCCUACUCCAACAGGACCAGAAUCAAUAGGAUUGUUGAGCCACAGCAGCUUCGGCAAAGCUUCAGUCGGUCACAAUAGUUUCGGUAAAUCUUCUAUCGGACACAACAGUUUCGGAAAAGCAUCAGUAAAUUCAUAUGGUAGGGCUUCUGUUGGUGGAGCAUCGUGCAAUAGUCCUGUACUCUCUACUGGUAGCAAGAAUGGUACUUUACAAAGGAACAAAUCAGCCACUCCAAGUCAAGUGCCUUCAGUGAGUCCAACGCCUUCUAACGCGGACAGUCAGUUGGACUUUUUGUUCAAAAGUCUGGCGAAAGAAUCAUUGUCGGGAAUUAACCGAGACGACAAAAGAAACGAAAACACCGAAUCCGAAUCUGAAAACGAUGGCAGUGCUAAACCCCUUCCAAAUGAAAUCCCUAACAACAUUACCAAAUUUGUUGGAGUGGCUAAACCUCUACCACCUGGACAAAUAAAGUGUAACAUUUUGAAGGCCAAAGCGGAAGAAGAGCUUCACCAAAAGCUGACUAAUCAAAUGUUUGUACAUGCCAAGGAAGAAGAAACACCUCUCAACGCGGCUACAUUUAUUUCAGUGGGCGGAGAUAAAUUGACUUUAUCGGUGAGCGGCCCGACGAGUUUGCCGCCGGUAAUAACGAGUUCCGUGCUCAAAUCGCCGAAGAUCAUCGAGACCGAAACGCUGGACGAAAAUAAAAAUAAAAGCGACGAAAAAGACCACAAGCGUUGUCCCACGCCGGUUACCGUGACGUUCUUCGGACAAAACGACGGUAAAUUGGGUAUAUGCAAAGUGGAGGACGAAAAGAUCAGCUUGAAUCCUUUCGCUGAUUAUUUGAAUGAGAAUAACGGCGACCAUUUUAAUUCGCUGAACGUGUUCCAUCCGAACAAUCCGUUUUGUAAUUCGGAAGCGGGAUGUAAAGAUGAUGGUCCUGAUAGCGAUUCGAAGGAAUCCGAUGAAGAGAAUAAGACGAGUUUAGAGGAGCCGCUUUCGAAGCAAUCCACGCCUCUGAGUCCUACGCUUAGCAAAGUGUCGCCCUGGUUGGUUUCCUCUGAUGUGGUUUCAUCGCCAGUUUCCAAAGUGGAUACGACAGAGACAACGAUUAUAAGGAAAUCUGUGAUUACAACGCAGCUGUAAUUGUUGAUAUUUUUUUUAUUUUAACAGAUGUACAAGUACUCUUCGUACGAUUGGAAGUUUCGAAUAAGCCAUUUUAAUUUUUUAUUGCGCAGAGAUGUUAUUUUUAAGAAAUGUUAGAUAAACUCCAGAACUAUGCUGAAAUAUUAUCAAUUUUAUUGGCAACUUCUUUGAUUUUAAGACUUUUAAGCUUAGUUCUCGAGUUUUAAUGUUUCGGUGAUGUACUUAUGUUACUGAGAUUGACACCACAUUUUACUUAUACAGCUAUUUUUAUACUAUUUUAUUUGCAACAAUACUUAGUGGUGUUAAAUUUUUAUUUACUUAUGGUAUUAUGCUAAGGCAAUAGCUAUUUGGCUUAAUAUAUUGAUUCCUAUAAAAUUUACUGUAUCAGUUCAGAGAGAUUAUUUAGUUACUGAUUUUUUUGGAGGUAUAUCGCAGUUGAGGGAUUACUAGGUAAUUUUUGCAGGAUACAAAUUUUAACUGCUCUGAUACAUGCUUUUCAAUAUUGCAGUGAGACACGCUAUUAUUUCCGUUUAGAUCUGCUUUUUUAUCGUUAAGGUUUCCAUUUUCUUUUUAAAUAUUUUAUUUAUUGUGAUUAGAAGAUUUAUAUUCUUAUCUUUAUUCGGUUUUAGACAACACAUAUUUUUACAAUAGUAAUAUUAGGUUAGCCAUUUAUAUCUAUAAAAUAUUAAAUUUGCAUUCGUCGGGUACAAUCAUUUUAAUAUUAAAUUACGUUUUAGAAAAAGCGCAGUAUUUUUAUAUGUAAAAUUUUUGAUAAAAUAUUCUAUAGAGAAUAAGUGAAAACAAUGAAUCUCGCAUUCCAUUUCAAAUGUACCAUUAAAACAUUUUUGAAAAAAAAUGCUAAACAAAUUAGUGGGAUGUUUGAAGUUACGAGUCUAUUCGAUUUUAAACUUGUAAACAAUAAGUUUACAUUAAAGUAAUAAUUUUAUAGAUCUGAUAUUUACAUCCAGAAGUGCCAUUCCAUGUCAAAUUUUUAAACUUCCACUUCAAUUAAGACUUAAACAUUCUGAAUUAUGUAUCCGUCCUUUAUUUUAUCUUCUAAAUAAAGUAUUUAUAUAUGUUUUUAAAUAUUUGUUUUAUUGAUAGAGAAACAAUUUCGUUAAGAACUUUAUUUCGGCAAAUAAGUUUUUGUACCAAUCUUAACGAGAGCAUUAAACAAUUCCUCAUUUACAGUCCUUAAUUUACAAUUUUCUUCAAACAUGUCUUUCUGUUUUUCUUUCUUAGAUAAAACGAAUUCUUCAUCUUUCGUUUCUAUAUCCUCGGUUUGCAGCUGACUAACCAUUAAAUCUUCUGAAUAUUCCAAGCUUCUCUGUAAACUUUUAAUCUGGUAUCGCGGUUUAAUAUUCUCCGCAAAGAAAUUUUCAUAGCUCAUAACGAACUUUACGUUUGUUAUAGGACUGUUAUGUUUGAUUUUUUUCAAUAUUUGCCUUUUCCUAACGUCCCAAGUGUACACGAAAGAAUCCGAACUGCCUGAGGCCAGGAUCGUUUCCAUCGCGUUUAAAGCCAAGCAAACGAUUUUACUUUUGUGUCCCACAAACUCCAAACUCAAUUUUCCAUCUUCAACGUGAUGAGUCAAAGUCCUCGGAGGGUCCUUCAGCACGAAUUGUUUGAUCAACCCAGUCUCCAUUCCGACGUAAAGUUGCCCAAACGAAGAAUCGAAUAUGACGCUUGUUAAACAGUUUCCAAAAACCAAAUUGCAUUCUAGCUCUCCAUUCAAAAGAUUGUAUAUUUUGCAUGUACGAUCUGCGGAAACCGUUAC